UUAUUUACAUGACUUUAUUAAUUUGUGCUACAGAGCUCAGUUAGUCUACAGCUGGAAAGCCAACGGAACGGUUGUCGAGCUGAAAAAAAUAUAAAAAUAAUAAAAAAAAACUUGGAAAUACAUUUUUUCACAAAGGUAUACUGAAGCGACCGGGAAAUGGCCAGCGCUAUUAAGAAGGUGAUUCCGAUGCUGGACCGCAUCCUAAUACAGCGUGCAGAGGUGAAGACUACCACCGCUGGGGGGAUUCUAUUGCCCGAGGACUCGGUGCCCAAGGAGAUGCAGGGCGUGGUCGUUGCCGUCGGACCGGGAGCACGCAAUCCGGUUGGCUCUGGGCAUCUGCCCGUCGCCGUCAAGGAGGGUGAUCGUGUGCUCUUACCCAAGUAUGGUGGCACCAAGGUCGACAUGGACGACAAGCGCGAGUACGUGCUGUUCCGGGAAACCGACAUCUUGGCCAAGCUGGAGUAGUAAUUGAAGAAGUUGAUUUUCUGCAGCUUCAGAACCCAAAUUGUGUAACCUUCUGCAGCUUAAGAAACCACAUUUUGUUUGUUACGGGUCGUAUAAUCAACAAACACACAUACGCACAUACUACACAUACUUGAAGCGAAUUGCGUUCGAAUCUAAAUGAUUAUAAUGAAAUGUUUCAUUUGGUAGCCGAUUAUUUGACACGACAAACACGUAUAUGUACAAUCAGCUACAACAGACAGGCAUAAAUGAUGAUGUCCCAUGAACACAAACUACACACUCGAAAAUACUAUUAGCUUGUAAGCCUACGUUUAAUAAAUGUUCAGAUGCGUUUUUUCUUUCAAGAGCAUUACA